AUGUUCCGGGAGAUUUCACUCGUGCACUUGCCAUGGAAACUACAACACACAAUGUCGAAGCGCAGGAAACUUGGUUAUGGAUGGUUGAGUUCGCUUUUGAUCUGCUUUAUCGCAUUAACAGAAAUGAUUUCCAACGUUUGCAGUCUGAAAGAUCUCAAAAUAUUCGUCCCGGAGGCGGUCAUUAUGGGCAAUGCGGCGACCCUAUCUUGUCAAUUCGAACUGGAAAAGGCAACACUUUACUCCGUUCGAUGGUACUUUGAAGGGGAAGAGUUUUACCGCUACGUCCCGAAGGAAUCACCUCCGGCACGCACUUUCCCAGUUUCUGGCAUCACGGUGGAUGGCACACAAUCAGACGCCACUUCGGUCACGCUGCGGGGCGUAACCCGUGACCUAACCGGCCAGUUCCAGUGCGAGGUAUCCGAGGACGCACCGCUCUUCCACACCGACAUCCGGCAGGCACGUAUGCAGGUGGUCGAACUACCGAAAGAAGACCCGAUGAUGCAGCUGGACAAAACGCACAUCACCACGCUGGACAAUUUCCGGGCCGUCUGUACCGUGGGGACGUCCUUUCCGGCUGCCAACAUUACCUGGUACAUCAACACGAAGCGGAUUCAUCGAUCACCGUACCAACGCAUCACGUACCGUUCGUACGAAGGGACGCCCACCUUCUCCUCGCUCGAGAUGUUUCCCCACAGUCAGGUACUGCAGGACAUCUACCAAUCGAUGCCACCGUUCCACACCAGCCUCACGGUGAUGUGCGAAAUUUCGAUCCUGCACAUCUACACCAAAAGCGCCCAGCAGCGCAUCCUGGUGAGCGAUCUCGUGACGACCAUCUCGCCGAACCUGCUCGGUCUGGAUGGGUCAAACAAUCGGCGAAAAAACAACGGCGACCCAGACAACUCACCCCUGACCGGGGCUGCUACCGGGCUGGCCGGACAUACCUCGAUGCUGAUGCUGACGGUGGCACUGAUGCUGGCACUGGUCGGUCUGCGGACAGUCAGUGUUAGACAUCCGGCGGAUCGUUUAUCCGGGUUGUGAUUGGUGAAUGCGCAGAAGCUGUAAAU